AACACCAAUGUGCCUAGAUCAGUUGGUGACAGGAAUAUGCUUUUUUUUUGCUAGAAAUUCAGUUACUUUCUGUUUUACAGACUUCAGAAUCAAUGAACAGGAUGUCAAUGCAGAAAGGUUCUUGCAAGAUGUGGCAGUUGAUAGUUGAUGUCGGAAGAACAUAAUUGGAGAGAAUGUUCCUUGGCAGUUGAGCAGCUUCCAGGUGGAGGAAUCUGAACCUCUCCGUGACUUUGUUCAAGGGAAAAGGUUUAGGGUAGUUCCCUGAUCUACAUUCGUCCUCAGAUGUAAGAUACUCAUAUCUUGUAUGACUUAAGAAUAAUCUUUGCUUAGGUUCUGAAAAAUCAAGAUGACGACAGAUAAACGCCUAGACUUCAUAGAAAUUUACUGCACCCUCUAUCUCCAUGUUAAGCCUGACAAAUGGGCCAAGUUUUCCACCAGUGAAGACGUCCUCGCAAUGCUGAAUGAGUUCUAUGAGAAGCCCGAUUUGUUAGCCCUGGUGAUCACUCUUAACCCCACAGGACAAUUAGUUCCUUGCAUUGGCUUUCCAGCAACACUGAAGAAUAAGGGGAUUUAUUUUGUGAAGAAGAAACCUGAAAACAUCACCAAAGACAACUUCAAGGAUGUAGUUCUCAUAGGCGAUAUCAGUCCUUCUCCUGUAGAGCAGAUGAUGGCUGUCAUAGAGGAGGUUGUUUAUUCCUUGCUUAUGAAGAGUGAAAACCUAGCAGGAUGGCCUCGAGUGGUAAUGGACGAUGUGAUACGCCAGGCCCAUCGGCUAAAGAAUGAGAUGUUUGUGAUGGGAGGAAAGAUCAAAGGAAAAACACUGCUCCCUUUGCCUGACCACUUGGAUAGUGUGGACAGUUCAGGAGAUGCGUUUGAAAGUCUGCCCUUAGCUGUGGACAGUGCACUCUUACAUUCUAUUGAAACCAUCAUAAUUGACUGGUCUCAUCAAAUCCGAGAUAUCCUGAGCAAAGACUCUGCACAGCCUCUCUUGGAUGGUUUGAACCCACUGCCUAGAGUGGAAUUUGAUUUCUGGUACAGUCGGCAAGUCAACCUGGAGUGCAUAAAUAGCCAGUUAUAUGCUCCUAAAGUUAAAAAGAUUUCUGAUAUUUUGGAAAGGGCAAAGAGCUGUUACUGGCCAGCACUUACGAAUGUUUUCAAGGAUGUAUCUGCAGGACUGAAGGAAGCUGAGGAUAUUAACUUGUAUUUACAGCCACUAAAAGUUGCCUUGGAGGAAGCAGAACAAGCUGAAUACCAACAACUGCCUUCAUUCAUCAACAGCGUCAUAUAUUCCGUGUGCUUGGUCUGGGCCAAUUCUGAAUACUACAACAUUCCUUCCCGGAUCAUUGUGAUUUUGCAAGAGAUCUGCAAUCUCUUCAUUGAACUGACCCGUAACUUUCUGAGUCCUGAAGAAGUCAUGAAAGGCUUGCAAGGAGAAAUUGAGGAAGUGCUGUCUGGGAUUAAACUGGCAAUCUCAGUGAUAGAGAAACUCUACAAGACCUACAACACUUGCUGCACAGACCUGAUGCCAGCUUUUUUUAAGGAAAAAGAACCACAGUACUGGGAGUUCCCUUCUACUCUUGUCUUUACUAGAAUGAAUUCAUUUUUCCACAGACUGAAGACAAUAGAGGAACUGUACAUGACGGCCAUUGAAUUCCUCAAACUGGAAAAAAUUGAACUGGGUGGUGUGAGAGGCAAUAUCCUCGGGAGUCUUGUGGUACAGAUAUAUGAGGAGAUCCUUGAAUAUGUGAAGGUCUUUGCUGAAUGCAAAUAUGACCCUUUAGAUCCAGCAGAUGUGCAAUUUGAUGAAGAUUUUGCAGACUUCCAAAUCAAAAUUCAGGAUUUGGAUAGACGGUUGGCCACCAUCUUCUAUCAAGGAUUUAUUGACUGCUGCAAUUUUGAAUCUGCUGUCAAGCAAAUCCAUAUGUUUGCAUCUCUAUUGGAACGCCCCUUGAUCAAGGCAGAUGUAGCUCCUCACUAUGAAAGGCUCUUGGAGAUGUUCAAUGCUGAAUUGGACAAUGCAAAGAUUCUGUAUGAUGCCCAAAUAGCUGCCACAAAAGUAGACCUUGUACCUCCCAUAAGCAAAAACAUGCCACCUGUUGCUGGGCAACUGAAAUGGGCCUGGGAACUCCAGGAAAGAUUACAAAUCCCAAGGAAAGACUUGCGUAGCAUUGAUCAUCCCGUUAUGGUCAGCUCUGAUGCCAAGCUCAUUUAUGAAAAGUACGAUGAGAUGAUACGUCUUCUGCAAGGUUAUCGUGAACAAAUUUAUGCAGAAUGGAUCAAGAGGGUUGAUCGAGACUGUCAGUUCAAUCUAGAGCAGCCACUGAUCCAGAGAGAUCCAGAGACAAAACUUAUUCGAGUGAACUUCAGCAAAGAGCUUGUUGCUGUUCUCCGGGAAGUCAAGUACCUGACUUUUCAGCAACAGAAAGAAAUUCCAGACAGUGCCGGAGGUCUCUACGCUCAACAUGAAAUGUUCCGGAAGUUUGUGGACAACCUGGACCUCAUUGUAGGCUGGUACAAUAAAAUCAAACUAACAAUUUUGCCAGUAGAACUUCCACUGGUCAAGAGUGAACUGGAAGAGAUUGAUGUUGGCUUGCAGAAAGCUGAGACAAAUCUCUACUGGAGCAAUGAAGGUGUUAUGGACUAUAUUCAAGAGAUGAGGGAUGUCUUAUAUGAUUUAGAAACAAGGAUUCAGAAAGCCAAGUUCAAUGUGGAGAGUAUUGAUCAGCUCAUGCAGGAAUGGUCAGCUAGUCCUUUGUUUGAAAGAAAAGACAAUAAAGAGACAGCACUUCUUGACCUGGAUGGAAGACAGAGUUAUUUAAACAAGCGGUAUGCGGCAGUUAAAGAUGCUGCACAGAAGAUCCAGACUAUGGUUGAGGAAAAUGCAGAAUUGUUCAAGGUUGAUACAAAAACAGCAAUGUGGUCUCAGUACGUGGACUACGUAGAUGAGAUUGUUUUGGAUGGCUACUUUAAAUUUGUCCGCAAAUCACUGCAGUUUCUGCUCAGCAACAUGACAAUUGAUGCCAAUAUAGCCCCUUUAUUUGAAGUGCGAAUGGAAUUGUAUAAAGAUGAGUUAAGGUAUCGUCCAUCACUAGAAAUGGGAGCUGAGCAGGGUCUUUUGGAAGUGAUAGAAAAUCUGAUGAAUGAUAUCUAUGAAGCAGCUACAUUAAUACCACGAUUAGCAAAAAAGAAACCUGGCUAUAAGUCUGACCUGGAAGAUACAGCAGAAUUGAUUGAGAUGCGAGAAGAGGUGGCACACAUUGUGAUCAGUGCCAUGAAGCAAGGCGAGGACUAUGAAGAUUCCUUUGAGAAAUAUGCAUAUCUUUGGAUGGAUGAUCCACAUGAAUUCAUGCAGCGCUUCCUCACCUUUGGCCGGGCCCUAACACCCGAAGAGCUAGAGUCUCAUGCAGAGGAGUAUUUGCCUCAUGUGGCACCCACCCUAGAACAGUUUCAGCUACAGAUUGACACUUAUGAGAAGCUCUAUGAGGAAGUAUCUAAGUUUGAGAACACCAAAGUAUUCAAUGGUUGGUUGCAAAGUGAUUGUCGUCCCUUCAAGCAAGCACUACUAAAUACCAUCAAGCGCUGGAGCCUAAUGUUCAAGAAGCACCUUAUUGACCAUGUCACUACCAGCCUUCAGGGUCUUGCUGCUUUCAUGAAAGAAGCCAAUGCAGGUUUGACUAAACCAGUGAAAGAAGGUGACUAUGAUGGGCUUGUAGAAGUGAUGGGGCAUUUGAUGCGGGUCAAAGAGAGACAAGUAGCGACCGACAAUAUGUUUGAGCCCCUAAAGCAGACUAUUGAGUUGCUCAAACUCUAUGGGGAAGAAAUGCCUGAAGAGAUCCAUACACAGUUGCACGAAUUGCCAGAUCAGUGGAAUAACACUAAAAAACUGUCAUUUCAAGUCAAACAGAACGUUGCUCCUCUUCAAGCCAAUGAAGUUACAAUUAUUCGAAAGAAAUGCCAGCACUUUGAGAUGAAACAACAUGAAUUCAGGGAAAAAUUCAGAAUGGAUGCACCUUUCACUUUUGUUGAUCCAGAGCCCUAUAAAUCCCUUGAUAAGCAACAAAAGAUGAUUACUGCUAUGGAAAAAGAAAUGGAAGCCCUAUCCAAGUCAGCAGGCUUGUUUGAAGUAUCUGUUCCAGAUUACAAACAGUUGAAAGCAUGCCACAAGGAAGUCCGUUUGCUCAAGGAGCUCUGGGAUAUGAUUGUUUUGGUUGAUGAAAGUAUUAAUGACUGGAAGACAACCAAAUGGAAGGAAAUUAAUGUUGAGCAGAUGGAUCUUGACUGCAAGAAAUUUGCUAAAGAUGUGAGAACGUUAGACAAGGAAAUGAGACCAUGGGAUGCUUUUGUAGGACUGGAUAACACAGUGAAAAACAUGAUCACAUCCCUCCGAGCUGUGAGUGAGCUCCAGAAUCCUGCUAUCCGUGACAGACAUUGGAAAGAACUCAUGGAGGCCACCCAGGUGAAAUUUACCAUGUCUGAUGAAACAACACUCGCUGACCUUCUUCAGUUGAAUCUUCACAAAUUUGAGGAUGAGGUCCGCAGCAUCGUGGACAAGGCUGUGAAAGAGUCAGGAAUGGAAAAGGUGUUGAAAGCUCUUGAUAGUACCUGGUCUACCAUGCAGUUCGAACAUGAGCCCCACCAUCGAACUGGAACCAUGAUGCUGAAGUCUGAUGAAGUACUUGUAGAAACCCUUGAAGAAAACCAGGUGCAGCUCCAGACUUUGAUGACUUCUAAGUAUUUAGCUCAUUUCCUUCAUGAAGUCUCCAGCUGGCAGCAGAAGCUAUCCACUGCUGAUUCUGUGAUAUCCAUCUGGUUUGAAGUCCAGAGAACCUGGAGCCAUCUGGAAAGCAUUUUCAUUGGGUCCGAAGACAUUCGGAAUCAGCUUCCUGAAGACUCGAAGCGUUUUGAUUCUAUUGACAAAGAAUUUAAGAAAGUAAUGGCUGAUGCAGUAAAAACUCCCAAUGUGAUUGAAGCAACAAAUAAACCAGGGCUCUAUGACAAGUUGGAGGCCUUGCAGCAAAGUUUGGCACUCUGUGAAAAGGCUUUAGCUGAAUAUCUGGAAACAAAGAGGCUGGCUUUCCCCAGGUUUUACUUUGUGUCUUCUGCUGAUCUGCUGGAUAUUUUGUCCAAUGGAAAUGACCCAGUCGAGGUGUCCCGCCACUUGGCCAAGUUAUUUGACAGUAUGGCCAAGCUGAAAUUCAGAUUAGAUGCAAGUGGGCAGCCUCUCAAGUUUGGCUUGGGGAUGUACAGCAAAGAAGAUGAGUAUGUUGAUUUUGACAAGGAAUGUGACUUAUCUGGACAGGUGGAGAUUUGGUUAAACCGAUUGCUGGAGAGAAUGCAGAGUACGUUACGCAAAGAAAUUUCUGACGCUGUAGUGACUUAUGAGGAAAAGCCAAGAGAGCAGUGGCUAUUUGAUUAUCCUGCACAGAUUGCUUUAACAUGUACUCAGAUCUGGUGGACGACAGAAGUUGGCAUUGCCUUUUCACGACUGGAAGAAGGCUAUGAAAAUGCAAUAAAAGAUUACAAUAAGAAACAGAUCAACCAGUUAAACACACUGAUUACAUUACUCAUUGGAAACUUAACCCCAGGAGACAGAAUGAAGAUUAUGACUAUCUGUACCAUUGAUGUCCAUGCUCGAGAUGUCAUUGCCAAAAUGAUUAUAGCAAAGGUGGAAAGCUCCCAGGCCUUUACAUGGCAGUCCCAACUUCGACAUCGAUGGGAUGACGAAAAGGGGCACUGCUAUGCCAACAUCUGUGAUGCUCAGCUUCAGUAUUCCUACGAGUAUCUUGGCAACACCCCACGCCUGGUGAUCACCCCACUCACAGACCGGUGCUAUAUCACCCUGACACAGUCUCUCCACUUGAUCAUGGGAGGUGCUCCCGCAGGCCCUGCUGGCACAGGGAAAACUGAGACCACCAAAGACUUGGGCAGGGCAGUAGGAAUUAUGGUGUAUGUCUUCAACUGUUCGGAGCAAAUGGACUAUAAGUCCUGUGGAAAUAUCUACAAAGGGCUGUCCCAGACAGGCGCAUGGGGAUGUUUUGAUGAAUUCAAUCGGAUCUCAGUGGAAGUCCUGUCAGUAAUUGCUGUACAGGUUAAAUGUGUUCAGGAUGCCAUUCGAGCCAAAAAGAAGAUGUUCAAUUUCCUUGGAGAGAUGAUUGCUCUCAUACCAACUGUUGGAAUGUUUAUUACGAUGAAUCCUGGAUACGCAGGUCGAACUGAACUGCCUGAAAAUUUGAAAGCCUUAUUCAGGCCAUGUGCCAUGGUGGUUCCUGACUUUGAGCUGAUCUGUGAGAUCAUGCUGGUUGCUGAAGGCUUCAUUGAUGCCAGGCUUCUAGCUAGGAAAUUCAUUACACUGUACACGCUGUGUAAGGAGCUGCUUUCCAAGCAGGAUCACUAUGACUGGGGAUUGAGAGCUAUCAAGUCCGUGCUUGUGGUAGCUGGUUCCCUGAAGAGAGGAGACCCUGGUCGGGCUGAGGACCAAGUCCUCAUGAGAGCAUUGCGUGACUUCAACAUUCCCAAGAUUGUGACAGAUGACUUGCCUGUGUUCAUGGGACUCAUUGGAGACCUUUUCCCAGCACUUGACGUACCCAGGAAACGUGAUCUCAACUUUGAAAAGAUUAUCAAGCAGGCUGUUACUGAGCUCAAGCUGCAGCCCGAGGAAAGUUUUGUGCUGAAGGUGGUGCAGCUGGAGGAGUUACUUGCAGUCCGACACUCUGUAUUUGUGAUUGGCAACGCAGGUUCUGGCAAAUCGCAGGUACUGAAAUCUCUGAAUAAAACGUAUGGGCUCAUGAAAAGAAAGCCUGUAGCCAUUGACAUUGACCCUAAAGCAGUAACCUGUGAUGAGCUAUUUGGAAUCAUUAAUCCAGCUACCAGAGAAUGGAAAGAUGGCUUGUUUUCAACAAUCAUGCGAGACCUGGCUAAUAUAACUCAUAAAGGGCCCAAAUGGAUUGUUCUGGAUGGAGAUAUAGAUCCAAUGUGGAUUGAGUCUUUGAAUACUGUGAUGGAUGACAACAAGGUCCUCACCUUAGCCAGCAAUGAGAGAAUCCCACUCAACCCCACCAUGAGGCUUGUGUUUGAGAUCAGCCACCUCCGAACAGCCACACCUGCCACCGUCUCCAGAGCAGGAAUCUUGUACAUUAACCCUGCUGACCUUGGUUGGAAUCCAGUGGUGAGUAGCUGGAUUGAGCGCAGGGAAGUGCAAUCUGAAAAAGCCAAUUUGAUGAUCUUGUUUGACAAGUACUUGCCUAUAUGUCUGGACAAGCUGAAAUUUGGGUUCAAGAAGAUAACGCCUGUACCUGAAGUGACCGUGAUACAAACUAUCCUCUACCUGCUGGAAUGUCUCCUGACUCCAACCAACACGCCUCCAGAUUCUCCCAAAGAGCUCUAUGAACUCUAUUUUGUGUUUGCUUGCUUCUGGGCAUUUGGAGGAGCAAUGUUCCAAGAUCAGCUUGUAGAUUAUCGUGUGGAGUUCAGUAAAUGGUGGGUAAAUGAAUUUAAAACCAUCAAGUUUCCAUCACAAGGGACAAUUUUUGACUAUUAUAUUGACACAGAGACAAAGAAAUUCAUGCCUUGGACUGAUAAAGUGCCACCAUUUGAGCUGGAUUCAGAUACCCCAUUGCAGGCUUCCAUGGUCCACACAACUGAAACUAUUCGGAUUCGCUAUUUUAUGGAUCUGCUAAUGGAAAAGAAAUGGCCUGUGAUGCUUGUUGGGAAUGCAGGCACUGGGAAGUCAGUGCUGAUGGUUAAUAAGCUUGAAGAACUUAACAUGGAUGAUUACAUCGUGCAAUCUGUUCCUUUUAAUUUCUACACAACUUCAGCAAUGCUGCAGGCCAUACUUGAGAAGCCCCUGGAGAAGAAAUCAGGAAGGAACUUUGGUCCUCCAGGUACAAAGAAGCUUAUUUACUUCAUUGAUGAUAUGAACAUGCCAGAAGUCGACAAAUAUGGCACUGUGGCUCCUCAUACCUUGAUCCGGCAGCACAUGGACCAUGGGCACUGGUAUGACAGAACCAAACUGACACUAAAGGAUAUCCACAAUUGUCAGUAUGUUGCCUGUAUGAAUCCAACCGCUGGAUCCUUUACUAUUGACUCCAGACUCCAGCGACACUUCUGUGUGUUUGCCGUGAGUUUCCCAGGACAAGAUGCCCUUAUGUCCAUCUACAGCACUAUCCUAAGUCAGCACCUAGCCAUGCGAAAUGUCCCAUUGGUGGUUCAGAAAAUUCAUUCACAGCUUGUUUCUGCCGCUUUAGCUUUACAUCAGAAAAUAACAUCAACCUUUCUUCCUACGGCCAUAAAAUUUCACUAUGUUUUCAAUCUCCGAGACUUGUCUAACAUCUUCCAGGGACUGCUGUUCUCGACACAUGAAUGCCUCAAAAUACCCUCAGACCUUGUUCGAUUGUGGUUGCAUGAAGCUGAGAGGGUCUAUUGUGACAAACUUGUGGAAGAAAAAGAUCAAGAGAGUUUUGGCCGGGUCAUGAUGGCUAAUUGCAAGAAAUUCUUUGAGGACAUGGGUGACAAUGUAGUCUUUGCAAAGCCCAAUGUUUUUUGCCACUUCGCUCAGGGAAUUGGAGACCCAAAAUAUCUGCCUGUUUCUAACAUUCAGGCUCUGAAUAAGCUGCUUGUGGAAACUCUGGAUAGCUACAAUGAAGUCAAUGCUGUGAUGAAUUUGGUGCUCUUUGAGGAUGCUGUAUCCCAUGUGUGCCGGAUCAAUCGCAUCUUGGAGGCUCCCAGAGGGAAUGCCUUGCUGGUGGGGGUAGGAGGCAGCGGUAAGCAGAGCCUCUCUCGACUGGCAGCUUAUAUCAGCUCCUUGGACGUGUUUCAGAUGACACUGAAGAAAGGCUAUGGAAUCCCAGACCUGAAGGCUGACCUGGCAGCUCAGUACAUCAAGUCAGCUGUGAAGAACACUCCCACCGUGUUUCUCAUGACAGACUCACAAGUUGCUGAAGAGCAGUUCUUGGUACUGAUUAAUGACCUCUUAGCCUCUGGAGAGAUCCCUGGGCUAUUCCAGGAUGAUGAACUGGAAAAUAUUAUUAGUUCCAUGAGGCCUCAGGUGAAAUCUCUCGGCAUGCAAGAUACAAGGGAAAACUGCUGGAAAUUUUUCAUUGACAAAGUCCGAAGACAGUUAAAGGUGAUCCUGUGCUUCUCUCCUGUGGGGUCCACCCUCCGAGUGCGAGCAAGAAAGUUCCCUUCUGUAGUAAACUGCACUGCGAUUGACUGGUUUCAUGAAUGGCCAGAUGAUGCAUUGGUAUCUGUCAGUGCAAGAUUCCUGGAGGAGAUAGAAGGAAUAGAGCCAGAUGUUAAGGCUUCCAUCAGCCUAUUUAUGUCGUAUGUACACAAGACAGUUAAUGAGAUGUCCAAAGUCUACUUGAGCACUGAGAGGCGCUAUAAUUAUACCACUCCAAAGACCUUCCUGGAACAGAUCAAACUUUAUCAGAACCUGCUUGCUAAAAAAAGGAGGGAGCUGAUUGCCAGAAUUGAGAGGCUGGAAAAUGGUUUGAUGAAGCUCCAGAGUACAGCCUCCCAGGUUGAUGAUCUAAAAGCUAAGCUUGCUGUUCAAGAACUGGAGCUCAAACAAAAAAAUGAAGAUGCUGACAAACUCAUCCAAGUGGUGGGGAUUGAAACAGACAAGGUCAGCAGGGAGAAAACAAUUGCUGAUGAAGAGGAACUGAAAGUGCAGGUCAUUAACACGAACGUAACAGAAAAGCAACGGGCUUGUGAGACUGAUUUAGCCAAAGCUGAACCAGCUCUGAUUGCUGCUCAGCAAGCACUGGACACUCUCAAUAAGAAUAACCUGACAGAACUAAAGUCUUUUGGGUCUCCUCCAGAGGCUGUGGUUAAUGUGACAGCUGCCGUAAUGAUCCUUACAGCUCCAGGUGGCAAGAUACCAAAAGACAGAAGCUGGAAGGCAGCAAAAGUCAUGAUGGGCAAAGUGGACACAUUUUUGGAUGCCCUGAAGAAAUUUGACAAAGAGCAUAUUCCAGAGCCCUGUUUGAAAGCUUUUAAACCAUUUCAAAAUGAUCGAACCUUUGAUCCUGAAUUUAUAUUGUCUAAAUCUACGGCUGCAGCUGGUUUGUGUUCUUGGUGCCUGAACAUUGUUCGCUUCUACGAAGUCUACUGUGAUGUUGCACCCAAGCGCCAGGCCUUGGAAGAGGCUAAUAACGAACUGGCAGAGGCACAGGCCAAACUCACGAUGAUUAAAAACAAGAUUGCAGAUCUAAAUGCCAACUUAGCUAAUCUCACUGCCGAAUUUGAAAAAGCCACCGCUGAGAAAAUCAAAUGCCAGCAAGAGGCUGACGCAACUAACAGAGUAAUUUCAUUGGCUAACAGGCUCGUUGGUGGUUUAGCAUCUGAAAAUGUACGUUGGGCUGAGUCUGUGGAAAAUUACCGUGAACAGGAAAAGACUUUGUGUGGAGACGUACUCCUAAUUACUGCAUUUGUUUCCUAUGUUGGCUACUUUACCAAAAAAUACAGGACUGAGCUGCUAGACAAAUUCUGGGCUCCUUAUUUACAACAGCUAAAGGUGCCAAUUCCUAUCACUCCUGAUCUGGAUCCUUUGAGCCUCCUAACAGAUGAUGCAGAUAUAGCAACAUGGAACAACCAAGGUCUCCCCAGCGACCGCAUGUCAUCAGAAAAUGCAACUAUCCUGUGCAAUACAGAGCGUUGGCCACUCAUUGUAGAUGCCCAGCUCCAAGGGAUCAAGUGGAUUAAGAACAAACAUGGAGCAGACCUAAAGGCCAUCCGUCUUGGACAGAAAAGCUAUUUGGACAUCAUUGAACGAGCUAUUUCUGAGGGAGACACUCUGCUCAUUGAGAACAUUGGGGAGACAGUGGAGCCUGUACUGGAUCCUCUGCUGGGCAGAAACACCAUCAAGAAAGGAAAGUACAUUAAGAUAGGAGACAAAGAGGUGGAGUACCACCCCAACUUCCGGCUCAUCCUACAUACCAAGUAUUUCAACCCUCACUACAAACCAGAGAUGCAAGCCCAGUGUACCUUGAUCAAUUUUCUGGUCACCAGGGAUGGACUGGAGGACCAACUUUUAGCUGCUGUGGUAGCAAAGGAGAGGCCCGACUUGGAAGAACUGAAGGCUACUCUCACGAAGCAACAGAAUGAAUUUAAGAUAAUCCUGAAGGAGUUGGAGGACUCUUUACUGGCUAGACUCUCUGCUGCCUCAGGAAACUUCCUUGGGGACACAGCUUUGGUGGAAAACCUAGAGACAACCAAGCGCACAGCUAACGAGAUAGAAGAGAAGGUGAAAGAGGCUAAGAUUACUGAAGUGCAAAUUAAUGAAGCUAGAGAGAAUUACAGGCCAGCUGCAGAAAGAGCAUCGUUGUUGUAUUUUAUACUAAACGACCUCAACAAAAUAAAUCCUAUCUAUCAGUUCUCACUAAAGGCAUUCAGUGUUGUCUUUGAGAAAGCCAUUCAACGUACCCUUCCUGCAGAUGACGUGAAGCACAGAGUGAUAAAUCUAACAGAUGAGAUCACAUACUCAGUCUACAUGUACACAGCGCGGGGACUUUUUGAAAGAGACAAGCUUAUUUUUCUAGCCCAGGUUGCCUUUCAGGUCUUGCUGGUGAAGAAAGAAGUGAAUCCAGUGGAACUUGAUUUCCUCCUGCGUUUUCCCUUUAAAGCUGGACUAGCCUCUCCUGUAGAGUUCUUGUUAGGGCAAGGAUGGGGUGGAAUUAAGGUGCUUUCUGACAUGGAUGAGUUCAAAAACUUGGACAGUGAUAUUGAAGGCUCUGCUAAGCGCUGGAAAAAAUUUGUGGAGUCUGAGACUCCAGAAAAAGAAGUCUUUCCCAAAGAGUGGAAGAACAAGACAGCCCUCCAAAAGUUGUGCAUGAUGAGAUGCAUGAGGCCGGAUCGCAUGACCUAUGCAGUCAAGAACUUUGUGGAGGAGAAGAUGGGAAGUAAAUUUGUUGAAGGACGAAGUGUUGAAUUCUCCAAAUCAUAUGAGGAAAGCAGUAUAUCUACACCAAUAUUCUUCAUUCUGUCUCCUGGUGUUGAUCCUUUAAAAGAUGUUGAAGCCCUAGGUCAGAAGCUUGGCUUCACCAUAGACAAUGGAAAAAUCCACAAUGUGUCCCUAGGACAAGGGCAGGAGGUUGUAGCAGAAAAUGCUCUUGAUGUGGCUGCAGAAGAGGGGCAUUGGGUCAUCCUUCAGAACAUACACCUGGUAGCCAAGUGGCUUGGCACCCUGGAUAAGAAGGUUGAACGAUACAGCAUUGGGAGCCAUGAUGAUUACCGAGUAUUUAUGAGUGCUGAGCCUGCACCCAGCCCAGAUUCACAUAUUAUCCCCCAGGGGCUCUUGGAAAAUGCCAUUAAAAUCACCAAUGAGCCUCCAACAGGCAUGCAUGCCAACUUACACAAAGCACUGGAUCUUUUUACGCAGGAUACCCUUGAAAUGUGCACCAAAGAAAUUGAAUUCAAAUGCAUUCUUUUUGCCCUCUGCUACUUCCACGCAGUUGUAGCAGAGCGGCGGAAAUUUGGAGCCCAAGGAUGGAACAGGUCCUACCCAUUUAACAAUGGAGAUCUCACCAUCUCCAUCAAUGUACUAUACAACUACUUGGAAGCCAAUGCGAAGGUUCCCUGGGAUGACCUGCGGUACCUCUUUGGUGAAAUCAUGUAUGGGGGACACAUUACUGAUGACUGGGAUCGUCGACUGUGCCGGACCUACCUGGGUGAAUACAUUCGUAUGGAAAUGCUGGAGGGAGAACUGUUUCUGGCACCAGGAUUUCUUAUACCUCCCAACUCUGAUUACAAGGGAUAUCAUGAAUAUAUCGAUGAAAACCUCCCACCUGAGAGUCCUUACCUGUAUGGGCUUCAUCCUAAUGCUGAGAUUGGGUUCCUCACUGUCACUUCAGAGAAGCUUUUCCGCACCGUGCUGGAAAUGCAGCCCAAAGAGACAGAUGCUGGAGGAGGAACUGGUGUUUCCAGAGAAGAAAAGGUAAAAUCUGUGUUAGAUGAAAUUAUGGAUCGACUUCCAGAGCCAUUCAAUAUGGUGGAAAUCAUGGCGAAAGCAGCUGAGAAAACCCCCUACGUGGUGGUUGCCUUUCAAGAAUGUGAACGAAUGAACAUUCUUACCACUGAAAUGAGACGCUCUUUGAAAGAACUAAAUUUGGGAUUGAAGGGAGAGCUGACAAUAACAACAGACAUGGAAGACCUAUCAAAUGCUCUUUACUAUGACAAUGUGCCUGAUUCCUGGACAAACCGUGCCUACCCAUCAUUGCUUGGUUUGGCCGCGUGGUAUGCUGACCUACUGCUCCGAAUCAGGGAGCUGGAGGCCUGGACAACAGAUUUUGCCCUGCCGACAACUGUAUGGCUCGCAGGUUUCUUUAACCCUCAGUCUUUCCUCACUGCCAUUAUGCAAUCCAUGGCUAGAAAAAAUGAGUGGCCUCUUGACAGAAUGUGUCUUUCAGUGGAAGUUACCAAGAAAACCCGGGAAGAUAUGACAGCUCCACCUCGAGAGGGAUCCUAUGUACAUGGCCUCUUCAUGGAAGGUGCUCGCUGGGAUACUCAAACUGGCGUCAUCAGCGAUGCACGCCUGAAGGAGCUGACACCCUCCAUGCCUGUCAUCUUCAUCAAAGCCAUUCCUGUAGAUCGCAUGGACACCAAGAACAUGUAUGAGUGUCCCGUGUACAAAACACGCAUGCGAGGUCCCACUUAUGUGUGGACCUUCAACCUGAAGACAAAAGAGAAGCCUGCUAAGUGGAUCCUUGCUGGAGUUGCUUUGCUCUUACAGGUUUAAAGUUUCAGCUGUCAAAGCCUCAUAUCACCACUGCAUUCCCUCUUUCCAGAAACAGAAAGUAAGAGAGUUGUUUGAAAACUGACAAUAAAAAGAGUGCUUUUUGUAAGUGUA